GGACCACAGCCGGGGAGGCGGGGUCCUUCUCUGGGGCGGUCGCGCAAGAAGCCGAUGCGGGAAGUUGGAAUUCGGGCGUCAUGUACUACAAAUUUAGUGGCUUCACGCAGAAGUUGGCGGGAGCAUGGGCCUCGGAGGCCUAUAGCCCACAGGUACGAGUGGCUCCGCGCCAGCUCGGACAGGAGAAAUGGGGGUGCAAGCCUCGGCGACAGGCAGUCGCGGAGUUGGAGCCGGGCGGGUUUCUGUCCACGGUUGAGUUUGUCUCAUUUCUCCUUGCACCUCCCGUGUCCUCUCCACACCAGCGGAUUAAAGCCUGUGGUUCCCACAGAAGCACCACCUAUCAUAUUUGCCACACCAACUAAACUGACCUCCGAUUCCACAGUGUAUGAUUAUGCUGGGAAAAAUAGAGUUCCAGAGCUGCAGAAGUUUUUCCAGAAAGCUGAUGGUGUGCCCAUCUACCUGAAACGAGGCCUGCCUGACCAAAUGCUUUACCGGACCACCAUGGCGCUGACUGUGGGAGGGACCAUCUACUGCCUGAUUGCCCUCUACAUGGCUGCGCAGCCCAAAAAAUGAGUUAGGCUGCAGAGGACUGGUUUGUUUUUUUUGGCAUAAACCCUUUGAAUUUCCUUUUUCAUUGUUAAUUUUUUUUUUUUUUUUUUUUUUUUUACUUGGAUGGCUUAACAUUUUUAAAAAUGCAAGAAAAAUAGGAACAUACAAAGAUGAUAUUUUGGUUUGUUGAUGAAAUGCAUAUGGCUUGUCAGAGCUCAUUCCACAGUUAAAGCCAUUGUUUAAAGAAACGCUGCGGUGCUCUGUGUUUUUGCUCCUGAUUUCCCUGGGGGUUUUGGAUGAAAGUUGCACACAGACUCAUUAAUGUCAGUCUGUGCCUCAGGGACUUGAGGUUGCGUUUUUGAGCAUGGGGUGCAGAAGCCUUUCUGGAUUUGAAUGUGGCUGUGGAAAGACUGCAGUAGCCAAGGCCAUAUGCAUAAAAUGAGGGGUUGGAGUCAGUAGUCACCUCGGGGAUUUUUUCCAUUUUGCGGUAAGAUGUUAAAAGAAAUUAUUUGUAACCUGCCUCUGCUCAUUGGGCAGUUCAUUUCAAAGGGUUAUUUGCCUCAUCUUCUGUCUUCAGUGAAAUCUUAUGUGUAAUUGUGUGUAUUUAUUCCACCAUGGGAACGGAGAACACCUGCUUAGUGUUGCACUUUAGACUGGUGUCUGUUUUAUGAAUAUAGCUUUGCCACAGAUUCUCCUUUAUCUUUUAAAAAUGUUAUAGCUUUAAAUUAUGACUUAUUUUGACUGUGGAAUAAAUACAUGAAUGAAAAAUUUUAA